GUUAACUGUAUCAAGACCGGCUGAUUCACUUCUGUUCCACCCCGAUUGCUGCGGCAGCUCCAGAGCACCUUUCCCUUCUGUCCGACACGAAUCUGACUCCUAAGAUGGCCGCGAUCGCUUCCGGCUCCUCCCUUGUCGCCGGCCCCGCCCAAUGUGAGCCUUGGCCCGGAAGUGGAAGUAGAAACUGAGGUCAGGGGGGCGGUGCUGCUGCUUAGAGACGGCGGGAGCCCUUUCGCCAUGGCUGCCGGACCGAUCUCCGAACGGAAUCAGGAUGCCACGGUGUACGUGGGAGGUCUAGACGAGAAAGUGAGCGAGCCACUGCUAUGGGAGCUCUUUCUCCAGGCAGGGCCAGUGGUCAACACCCACAUGCCAAAGGAUAGAGUCACUGGCCAGCACCAAGGCUAUGGCUUUGUUGAAUUCUUGAGUGAGGAAGAUGCUGACUAUGCCAUUAAGAUUAUGAACAUGAUCAAACUCUAUGGGAAGCCAAUACGGGUGAACAAAGCCUCGGCUCACAACAAAAACCUGGAUGUAGGAGCCAACAUUUUCAUUGGAAAUCUGGACCCAGAAAUUGAUGAGAAGUUGCUUUACGAUACUUUUAGCGCCUUUGGAGUCAUCUUACAGACCCCCAAGAUUAUGCGGGACCCUGACACAGGCAACUCCAAGGGUUACGCCUUCAUUAAUUUUGCUUCAUUUGAUGCUUCAGAUGCAGCAAUUGAGGCCAUGAAUGGGCAGUACCUGUGUAACCGCCCUAUCACUGUGUCUUAUGCCUUCAAGAAGGACUCUAAGGGUGAACGACAUGGCUCAGCAGCUGAACGACUUCUGGCAGCCCAGAACCCGCUGUCUCAGGCUGACCGCCCUCAUCAGCUGUUUGCCGAUGCACCCCCUCCACCCUCUGCCCCCAAUCCUGUGGUUUCAUCCCUGGGUUCUGGGCUUCCUCCACCAGGAAUGCCACCUCCUGGUUCGUUCCCACCUCCAGUGCCACCUCCUGGGGCCCUUCCUCCUGGGAUACCCCCAGCAAUGCCCCCACCACCUAUGCCACCUGGGGCUGGAGGACAUGGUCCCCCAGCAGCAGGAACUCCAGGGGCUGGACAUCCUGGUCAUGGACAUUCACAUCCUCAUCCAUUCCCACCAGGUGGGAUGCCCCAUCCAGGGAUGUCCCAGAUGCAGCUGGCCCACCAUGGCCCCCAUGGCCUAGGACACCCCCAUGCUGGGCCUCCAGGCUCUGGAGGGCAGCCACCACCCCGACCACCCCCUGGAAUGCCUCAUCCUGGACCACCUCCGAUGGGCAUGCCUCCCCGAGGGCCUCCUUUUGGAUCUCCCAUGGGUCACCCAGGUCCCAUGCCUCCACACGGUAUGCGUGGGCCUCCUCCAUUGAUGCCCCCUCAUGGAUACACCGGUCCUCCGAGACCCCCUCCCUAUGGCUACCAGCGGGGACCCCUCCCUCCACCCAGACCCACUCCACGGCCCCCAGUUCCUCCUCGUGGUCCACUUCGGGGCCCACUUCCUCAGUAAAUGGUCAUCCUUUGUCUCCUU